AUGAAUGUAUUUGAACGUACUUUAGAGGAAAUGAAAACAAUCAAGUUGCUAUGUAAAAAAUUAGGAGACACAAAACAAGAUUAACUUGACAGGAUGAUCAGAAUAUUUUAAACAAUGCCUUAAAAAAUAUAUUUUAGUAAUUUUUAUCAAAAUUAAUUGUACAAAAAUACAAUGGGAGUAUUCUCUAAAAAGGAUUGGAAUAGUGAUUAUGUUGCAAUAAGUGUAAUAGAUUAAGAAUUUUAAGUUGAUUGGCCAGAGUUAAUGAUUUAUAUGUAAAUAUUGAAAUAAUUAUAUUAGGAAACCUUUUUUGAUGUUUUAUGUGAUUGAUUUAUAAGAAGGGUUGAUACCUAUAAAUGAGAUUAAUAAAUAAAAAAAAAAAGUUAAUGAUGAAAAAUUAAUUAGAUUUAUGUUAUUAAAUUGUGGAGUGAAUUCAUUAUAAAAUAUUGAGUAAGAAUAAACAUUUAUUAUCAUUCCUCCUUUAAGUGAUGAUAAAAUGGUUUAUUAUUUAGAAGAUCAAUUAUAAUUAUAUUUAUGUUAAAUUAUUGAAUAUUUUGCAUCAGAAAUUUUAAGAUUAAAGUAUAAUUAUUUAAUAUAUUUAGAAAUGAUCAAUCUUAAUUUGUGUUGUUUAAUAUGAAAGAAGAAAAGAUUACUGAUCAAUCGAAAUUAAAAAAGAGAAAAUAAGGUAGGCAAAUAAAAAUUAUGGGUGAUUUUGCACUCAUGAUCAAUGAUCCUUAAGAUGCUAUAGAUUAUUAUAAGUAAGCUUUAGAAAAUUUAAAUAAAAACAAUGAUUAUUUAUGGUGUGGAAUUAUUUAAUAACAUUUAGCAGCAUCUAAAUCUUCUUUUGAAGAUAUUGAAGAACAUUUUAGAGAAUCAUUUACAUGUCUAAAAAAGACUAAGUUUAUCAAUUUAGAGAUUGAAUGUUUUUUUAAAUUGAUGCAUUAUAGAAAAGCUUCAAAUGAUAAAUUAGGACUUAAUAAGACUAUUGAUUUAUUCACUAAAACCUUUGAUCCUGAAUCCCCAAUUGAAAAAUGCAAAUUUUAUCUGUUUAUUUCAGAAUUAUAUGGUCAAAUACAAAUGAAAAGAAAAUAAGCUUAUUUUAUACGUUUAGCAAGUUUCUAGUUGGCUUUAAUCAAUAAAUCUAUGGCUUUAGAACUUACUAAAUUGUCAAGUACUUUAUAUGGUCUUAAUUCUUAUUUCUCUGCUGAGUAAAGUAAUAUAUAUUGGGCAUCUCUUUAACAUAAUUUUGUAUAAGAGAUCUAACAUAAUUUUUAAGGAAUGUAUUCAUUAUUACAUUAUUAGACCAUAUUUCUAACAUAAUACUUAGAUUUAAAGAAUACAAAUGUUCAAAUAAGAUUUUACAUAAUAACAAUUAGACACAAUGCUACAAAUAUUAAAAUAAGACUCUGUUAAACAUGAAUUGAAAUAAACUCAUUUAUUAAUGAUUCCAAAAGUAGAAAGAUUUGAAAUUUUACCUUUUAAAGAGAAGUUUACUUUGAUUAAUAUAAUUGAAAUAAAUUUUCAAAGUUAAUAUAAAGAACAUAAAGAAUAAUCAUAAGGAUAAGAUAUAUUUAUAGUUAAUCCUUGGGCAAAUAAAGAUUUGAAAAAUGAAUUGAUAUAUCCUCUCAAUUCAAUUAUUGAAUUAGUUUUGUAUAUUUCAAAUGAAUACUCUUUUGAUUUUUAAUUAGAUAAGUUAGUGUUAUAAAUAGAGGGUAGUGAUUGUGUUACUUACCCUAAAGGAAUAAAUUUGUUAGCCAAUACUAAACAUCAUCCUAUCAUCUUUACAAUAAAACCUAAAUCUGUGGGUACAAUUAAAAUAUGUGGUAUUAAAAUUCAAUAUUUAAAUUACGAAUACAUUCAUAAAUUAAAUUAAUUUGGUUUUUCUGUCCUUCUAUUAUCAGAUAUUAAAUAAUAGGAAAAAUCACUUUUCAAUCUACAUAAUAUAUAAAUUAUAGAAGAUAUACCAAAUGUUUAGGCAUAAAUAUAUAGAGAUUCUACAUUAAUUAAUGAAGUAGAAGCUGUAUAUUUUGAUCCUAGUGAAUUAUUUACCUACUAAUUUAUAAUAAAGAAUAAAUCAGAAAAAUCUAUCUACAAUCUUGCCUUUGAGAUAAUUAUAGAAUCUGAAGAUCCACCUAUUUAUGAAUAUAAAUAAAUAAUCUAAAAUUUCAGUUUAGAUGGAUUUAGUUCAAUAAAUGUCUUAUUAAGUGAUUUUUAAAUGGAAAAUCAAAAUAAUUAGGUGUAUAUUUAAAUCCCAAAAAUUCCUCAUAAGACUCAUCUUAUCAAGAAAAUAUCAUUAAAUUUAUUUUUAUGGUACAAUAAUGCUUUAUAUUAAAGAGAAAUAAAAUUGAAUAGGUUGAUUUAAAUAAGAUAAAGAACUGCUAUUUAAUAAUGUCAAUUUGUUAGUAAAUAUAGAUGCAAUAAUGAUAAUAUUAAUGAAAUAUAUGAUUUAUAGGAUAGUUGUUAUUUAAGCAUUUAAAUUAUAAAGAAGGAUUUCUUAAUAAGUUUAGAAUUAUAAUCUUAAAUUUUAAUAGAUGGAUAAUUUAAUUAAAUUCUUAAUGAAGAUUGUGAAUAUUAUGCUUAAGCUUUAAAGCUUAGAAAAUUACCAUUCGAUUAAUUGACUAAUCCAGAUCUAUAAGUGAUUUGGAGAAAUUUAUUUAAUGGAAACAUAGGUAUUUUGAAUCCAUUUUAACAUCUCAGUUAAGAAGAUAUAUUCAAACAUUGUUGCAAUGAUUUGAUUGAAAUUGAAUGCAAAGAAUCUAAUAAACAAAUCCAUUAUAAAUUAAUUAUAAAUCAAAAGUUGACUUCCAAUCAAAGUGUCAGUGUUGUUAUAAGUCUAACUAAUGAAUAGAUUAAUUCUAAUUUAAGUUGUGUUAAAUCAAUUGUUUCAUCAGUAUAGAAUACUAAUAAUCCAAUUAUUACAGAUGGUUAUACAUCAUUUAAUCUUGAGAUUGAUUAACAUAAAUAGACUAUAAAGAAUGGAUAAUUGGGUUAUUAUGGAUAAUUGAAUUAAUCAUGUCUUAAGUUCAUUAUUAAUGAUUAUUAAAGUAAGAGAUAAUAUAUUAAGAGAUGUGAAAUAAAAUGA